AGUUUAAAAAUUGAAAUCAACAUGAAAUUACUGAUUGUUCUGCUUGCCCUGGUGGCCACUGUCUUGGCUAGACCCCAAUUCGGUCAGUCAAGAUUCGGAGGUCAAGGAGGACCAGGAGGAUAUGGCGGUCAAGGAGGAUUCGGUGGACAAGGAGGAUUCGGUGGUCAAGGAGGAUUCGGUGGUCAAGGAGGAUUUGGCGGACCAGGUCAAGGAGGAUUUGGUGGUCAAGGAGGAUUUGGCGGACCAGGUCAAGGAGGAUUUGGCGGACCCGGCCAAGGAGGACCAGGAUUCGGUGGUCACCGUGAACACCAUGGGCACCAUGGACACCACCGCGGAUACUAACUUCGCCAAAUUGUUAAUGUUUUCUAAAAUGCAUAAAAAUAAAAAAUACAAAAAUUUCUACGCUA